AUGAACCACACCAUGGAAGAGGAGCUGCCCGCCCUGUUGGACACCCUAUGGAACGAGACCAUCCAGAGUGAGACCUUCCUGCACGGGCGUGCGGUGACAUCCACGUGGUGCAUCCUGUUUGGCGCCGUCUUCCUCCUCGGAUUCGUGGGGAAUCUGUUGGUGAUGAUGGUCAUCGUCAGGACACGGCACAUGCACAAUACACCUUACUUCUUCAUUUUCAACCUGGCCCUCGCGGAUUUCCUCGUCAUCGUGUUUUGCGUCCCUGGGAAUCUCCUCAGCAACAUCCUUAAUAGAUGGGUACUCGGCCUGUUCAUGUGCAAGGCAUUGAAUUACAUACAGCAGGUGUGCAUGAACGUAAGCGCCUACACGCUCCUGGCGAUGUCGGUGGAGCGCUACAUCGUGAUGCGCAGGGAUAGCUCCUUCCAGCGGAUCACGAAUACGUCCUGGAAGAUCAUCCUGGUAUGCAUCUGGGUCUUUUCGCUCGCCGUCAGCCUUCCGUCCGUCAUCUACGUCAUUCUUGAUGCGAGCCAGAUGUGCAUGGAGGAUUGGCCGUCAGGGAAAACCAGGAUGAUCUACUUUAUUUUCACCUAUCUCAUCAUGAGCUAUCCAUUCCCUAUGGUUAUGAUGACCAUUUGCCAUUUCUGGAUCUGGCUCAAAUUCUAUUGGCAGGUCAUGGGCAAGCGGAUCGACCCCAACGAGCGAAUCCGCCUGAAUAACUGGCGCGAGUGGGAGAAGAUGAUCUUGGUGAUGGUCGCUGUCUUUUUCCUCCUCUGGCUUCCCUUAUUCAUCGUAUUUAUCCUAUUACACUUUUCCUAUGAUUUCUCCCAUGGCGAGAUGCUCUUCUACGUCCUACCGGUGACCCAAUGGCUGGCUAACAUCACCAAUUGUGUCUACCCCAUCAUUUACGUCUUUUUCAAGCGAAACUUCCGCGAAGGCUUCAAUCAUCCUCAGGACGAGCAUCUUACCGCUGAAAAUGAACUGCGACAGAUGCUCCCUCCUCCCACCUAACUCACACCGUCGAUUCCGUUCCAUGAAGAGGACCCAUCGUAACACCACAAUCCGCAACAGAUCCCUGAAGUCGGAGCCACUGCCUCUCCCUCUGGAGCCACAGACUCACAUUCAACUGCCAAGUGCGACUGCUCUCCCGAUAAGGUCUGGUGCCUGAACGAGUUAUCCUGUUUCUCCAGAAACAGGCGUUGACGUUUGUGAGUGAAAUGAUUGGCUUUGAGGCAGAGGAGGCACAGCGACUGUAUUGCGAACAAGCAUCCCUGUGAUUGGAUCUAUGGACAAAAAUGACAUUCGAUUUACAAAGUACAUUUGCUCAAACAUGGGCCUGUUCCUUGCCUCUGCUAAACCUAAUAAUCUAAAUAUGAAUCUUAACUUCACUUGAAAGUAAUUUAAAACGCAGCCAUAGG